UUCAAGUACAGGAUUACAUUAAAUGUGUGGCCUCAAUACCCCUAAAUUAGAGGUCCAUGGAUAGUGGAUUUUCCCGAUACUGAUAACGUAGGUGGUGCAAAAGUCCUUUUGUCCAUUUCUGCAUAUUACGGCGCUGUUUUGCGGCCCUCUUCAGCCUGUCUUGGCCUGUUCUGCAUAACACGGCGGCCCGUUUCAGCUUAUCGCGGCCCAUUCGGCCCCGUUUCGCGGCCGGCCAAUGGGAACGGUCCCGGUUCUCCCGAUGGCCAGUCCGCCCCUGGUUAAGGAACAUGUCACCUGUGAAGGAAGUACUGCCAGUUUCAACUGUGGUGAGCUCUCUGAGUUUCAUUAUUACAUUGGAUUUGCAUGUUUUACUAUUAUUCAUAAUUAGAAAUAAGAAAAUAUAUGUUUCACAUAAUAAAAUGAAUUAUUUAACUUUUUAUCGACAGACCAGGGAAUCAUGAAUGUGCUUGCAUCCAAGUUUGGGAAUACAAACUGCUCCGCUGGAAUAGAUCCUCCAGACUUCUCAAAUGUUAACUGCACCCAGAACACAUCCAUCAGUCUGGUGGCCAAUCGAUGUGAUGGAAAACAGAACUGCUCCAUUCUUGUGGAGAACAGCACUUUCGGUGAUGUCUGUCUAGGAUUUUACAAAUACCUGAAAGUGUCUUACAUUUGUUUACUUCCAAAGGAACUCGUCACCUGUUGGGGAAAGACCACCUCCCUCACCUGUGAUGAUUUUUACCCUGGAACCCUUAAAGAGCUUUCAGCCAAUUAUGGGUGUACAGACAGCUCAACCUGGUCUGAUCUUGAAGACUAUAGAAAGAAGUGUAAUGGAAAGAAAACAUGUAACCUGUAUGCUUCAAGUUUACUUUUCCUUGAUUGGUGCCCUAACAUAUAAAAAUAUGUGGAGGUGUUAUACAGUUGUGUAGGAGGAUGUGAGUACUUUUAGUAGUUUAUAAAGCUUUAUACCUUUCUUUGCAACAGCCUUGUUGAUAUGAUUUAUUGAAAGAUAUAUGGACAUGGCUACAGGGUGCAGGGUUUGGUUGUGUGUGUGUGUGUGUGUGUGUGUGUGUAGAGAGAGAGAGUGUGAGUGUGUGCAGUGUGCAACUGUGCCCAUUUAUGCCAUACGUAGUGCUGCAUGUUCUUUCCAAACAAUUCAACCUCAGUUUCAUCAGUCCAUAAAACAUUUUCCCAGUAGCGCUGUGGAGUGUCAAGGUGGUCUUUGGCAAACUUCAGGGGUACAGCAAUAUUUUUGUUAGAAAGCAGCGGCUUCCUUCAUGGUCUACUGCCAUGGACUCCAUGCACGUUUAAUGUUUUCCAUAUAGUAGACUCAUGAACAGAGAUAUUAAUUUCUUCAAGUCUUUAGCUGUCACUCUAGAGUUCUUUUUUUUACCUCAAUGAGCAUUCUGCUGUGUGCCAUUUGAGUCAUCUUGGCUGGACAGCCACUUCUAGGGAGCGUAGCCAGAGUAGUAAAUCGUCCCCAUUUAUAGACAAUUUGUCUAACUGUGGAGAGAUAAAUAUCUAAGUUCUUCAAGAUAACUUUGUAACCGUUUUGAGGUUUAUGCAAAGCAACAAUUUGUAGGUCUUCUGAGAUCUCUUUUUUGUGAGGCAUGGUCCACGUCAGAAGAUGCUUCUUGUGAAUAGCAAACUCAAAAAUAAUAAAGUGCUUUUUAUUAGUUGAAGUAGCUCUAACCCAAACCUACAAUCUUGUUUCAUUAAUUGGAUGCCAGGUUUACCAACUCCUCACUCUUAUUAGCUUUUGUUGACAUCAUUGGCCUAGGAGGUUCACAUACUUUUUCCAACCUACAUUGUGAAUGUUUGAAUUAUGCAUUCAAUAAAUUUGUGUGUUAUUAAUUAAAACAGUUUGUGUAUGUUCAUUACUGUAACUUCAAAGCAGAUCCAACCAGAUUUUAAGAUUUUAAGGAAAUCUUCAGCUUCAUUUCUGUGAUUUUAUAAAUAAACUGAUGAUUUUAAUUAUUUAAUAUAUUUGACAAUAAGUAAAGAUUUGAUAUUUUCACUAAUUCAUUUUUUUUAACCAUCUUCUAAACAAUGUAGAAUCAUUCAAUUACCGAUAUGUAGAAUCUGAAUGUUAGCAAAACAUUUUGUAUGGUAAAAUUGUAGUAGGAUUUGGGCUGCUCAGACUGAUAUCUGUUGAUGUUUGUAUACCUUAAAUUCACUAUCAUCUUAAAAAUAAUAAUUGUAAUUAUGCUUUCAAUUAUCAUUGCAAGAUUAAUUGGUUGGAAAUAUGAUCUUAUGUUAGAUUAAUAACUAACCAUAAUUUACAAAUGAUUACUAUUAUUUUAUUUUUUUUAUUGUAUUUUUAUAUUUUGUUUGGUCAGUCUUUUUGUUCUAAUCUUGA